CUAAACUAAGAUUUUUGUAUCCAUAUUCAUAAAUACAUUUGUUUAAAAAUGGCGAUGAUAGGCUUACUUGAAGUCUUCGCAGCAUUCCUUUUUUUCCUAGUAUUCAAACAUUUCUUCCUCCCCAAGAAAUCUCCCGGCCAGCCUAUUCUCAAAAGCUGGCCUGUCCUCGGGAUGCUUCCAGGAAUGCUCCCCCAUAUCCCUCGUAUCUUCGAGUGGACGUUCGAAGUUCUUGAGGCCACCAACUUAACUUUUUUUUUCAAAGGCCCAUGGCUUAGUGGAACGGACAUGCUAUUCACGGCCGACCCAAGGAAUAUCCAUCACAUACUAAGCUUAAACUUUGGGAAUUACCCCAAAGGACCUGAGUUCAAGAAGAUCUUCGAUGUUUUGGGAGACGGGAUCUUAAGUGCUGAUCUGGAGCUGUGGGAGGAUCUGAGGAAGUCAAAUCACGCCAUCUUUCAUCAUCCAGAUUUCUUGAAGCUCUCAGCAAGUAGCAAUACACUCAAGUUAAAGGAAGGUCUUGUUCCUUUUCUUGAUAAUGCUGCUCAUGAAAACAUUGUCAUAGACUUACAAGAUGUAUUCAAGAGAUUCAUGUUUGAUACUUCUUCGAUUUCGUUGACUGGUUUCGACCCAAUGUCACUAUCCACCGAGAUGCCCGAAGUUGAGUACGGUGAAGCUACGGAAACCGGUGAAGAAGCGAUCUAUUAUAGACAUUUCAAACCGGUCAUCUUGUGGAGGCUUCAAAACUGGUUGGGUAUUGGACUCGAGAGGAAGAUGAGGUCUUCCUUAGUGACUGUCAACCGUAUGUUUGCGAAGAUCAUAUCCACAAGAAGAGAGGAGAUAAGUCGCGGCGAAGGCGAGCAAUUAAUGGACGCGCUAACGUAUUAUAUAAAUGUGGACACGACAAAAUAUAAGCUCUUGAAACCUAGUAAUGAUACGUUUAUACGAGACGUUGCUUUCAGUUUAUUGUUGGCAGGAAGGGACACGACAAGUUCAGUUCUCACUUGGUUCUUCUGGCUUCUUUCUAAGCAUCCUCGUGUAAUGACCAAAAUCCGACAAGAGAUCAACACAAAGUUUGAUCCGACAGAUCUAGAGAAGCUCGUGUAUCUACAUGCUACGUUGAACGAAACAAUGAGACUUUACCCACCGGUUCCCUUUAACCACAAGUCUCCUUUAAAGUCAGAUGUGCUUCCAAGCGGCCACAAAGUUAAAGCAGAAUCAAAGAUUGUGAUCUGUAUCUACGCAUUGGGUAGAAUGAGAUCUGUAUGGGGAGAAGACGCAUUGGAUUUUAAACCGGAGAGAUGGAUUUCAGAAAGUGGAGAGCUAAAACAUGAACCUUCAUACAAGUUCAUGGCUUUUAAUGCUGGUCCGAGAGCUUGCUUGGGUAAACAUUUGGCUCUCCCGCAGAUGAAAAUAGUAGCUGUAGAGAUCAUACAAAACUAUGACUUUAAGGUCACUGAAGGUCACAAGAUUGAAGCAGUGCCUUCUAUCGUUCUCCGUAUGAAAAAUGGUCUUAGUGUCACAGUCACUAAGAAGAUGUGAUUCUUAUUGAUAAUUGGAUUACUAGUAUUUAUGUGUUUGUUCGGCGCAAAUGUCAUCUAAAGUAAUAUUUGUAGUUGUGUUAUUUGUAUUAUUUAUAAGUGUGUCUCUAUUUCUAUUACUAUGUUUGUUCCCCGCAAAUUUGAUUUUAAAAUAUUAAAUAAAAUAUAAAAUUUAUAAUUGA